GCGGCGGCAGGAAAAGCAUCCGCAGCGGGGACGAUGCCGUCGGUGAGCCUCCCGCCCAAGGAAAACGCGCUCUUCAAGCGCAUCCUGAGGUGUUAUGAACAUAAACAGUACAGGAAUGGUUUGAAGUUUUGCAAACAAAUUCUUUCCAAUCCAAAGUUUGCAGAACAUGGAGAAACCCUGGCUAUGAAAGGACUAACGUUGAAUUGCUUAGGUAAAAAAGAGGAGGCGUACGAAUUGGUGCGUAGGGGCCUACGAAAUGAUUUGAAGAGUCAUGUCUGUUGGCAUGUCUAUGGUCUACUACAGAGGUCAGACAAGAAAUAUGAUGAAGCCAUCAAAUGUUAUCGAAAUGCACUGAAAUGGGAUAAGGACAAUCUCCAAAUCUUGAGAGACCUCUCUUUACUACAAAUUCAGAUGAGGGAUCUAGAAGGCUACAGGGAAACUAGGUAUCAGUUGCUUCAGCUCCGACCUGCACAACGGGCAUCAUGGAUUGGCUAUGCUAUAGCUUAUCAUCUGUUGGAAGAUUAUGAAAUGGCAGCAAAGAUUUUGGAAGAGUUUCGGAAGACUCAACAGACAUCUCCUGAUAAAGUAGACUAUGAAUACAGUGAGCUCCUCUUAUACCAGAAUCAGGUUCUCCGAGAAGCAGGGCUUUAUAAAGAAGCUUUGGAUCAUCUUAGCACCUAUGAAAAGCAAAUCUGUGACAAAUUAGCUGUUGAAGAAACAAAAGGAGAACUUCUGUUACAACUCUGCAGGCUGGAAGAAGCAACUGAGAUUUAUAGAGGAUUGCAAGAAAGAAAUCCUGAAAACUGGGCUUAUUACAAAGGCUUAGAAAAGGCACUUAAACCAGGUAACAUGUUAGAGCGGUUCAAGAUCUAUGAAGAAGCCUGGACUAAGUACCCAAGGGGACUGGUUCCAAGAAGAUUGCCAUUAAACUUCUUAUCUGGUGAGAAAUUUAAGGAAUGUUUGGACAAAUUUCUAAGGAUGAAUUUCAGCAAAGGCUGCCCACCUGUCUUCAAUACUUUGAGAUCAUUAUACAAAGAUAAAGAAAAGGUGGCAAUCAUAGAAGAACUGGUAGUAGGUUAUGAAACUUCCCUUAAAAGCUGCAGAUUAUUUAAUCCGAAUGAUGAUGGUAAAGAAGAACCUCCAACUACGUUGCUCUGGGUCCAGUACUACUUGGCACAACACUAUGACAAAAUAGGGCAACCGUCUAUAGCUCUGGAAUACAUUAAUGCUGCAAUAGAAAGCACACCCACCUUGAUAGAGCUGUUCCUAGUGAAGGCUAAAAUCUACAAGCAUGCUGGAAACAUAAAAGAAGCAGCAAGAUGGAUGGAUGAGGCUCAAGCGCUGGACACAGCAGAUAGGUUUAUCAACUCCAAAUGUGCAAAGUACAUGUUGAAAGCCAACUUGAUAAAAGAAGCAGAAGAAAUGUGUUCAAAGUUUACAAGGGAAGGAACAUCAGCAGUAGAAAACUUGAAUGAAAUGCAGUGUAUGUGGUUCCAGACAGAAUGUGCCCAAGCUUAUAAAACGAUGAGUAAAUUUGGCGAAGCACUUAAAAAAUGCCACGAAAUUGAGAGACAUUUUGUAGAAAUCACAGAUGACCAAUUUGACUUCCAUACAUACUGCAUGAGGAAAAUCACACUUAGAUCUUACGUGGACUUGUUGAAACUAGAAGAUGUACUUCGGCAGCAUCCGUUUUAUUUUAAGGCAGCAAGAAUUGCCAUAGAAAUAUAUUUGAAACUCCAUGAUAACCCCCUGACAGAUGAGAAUAAAGAGCAUGAAGCUGAUACAGCAAAUAUGUCUGAUAAGGAAUUAAAGAAGCUACGCAAUAAGCAGCGGAGAGCUCAGAAAAAAGCUCAGCUAGAGGAAGAAAAAAAGAAUGCAGAAAAAGAGAAGCAGCAAAGAAACCAGAAAAAGAAGAAAGAUGAUGAUGAUGAAGAAAUUGGAGGACCGAAGGAAGAGCUUAUUCCUGAGAAACUAGCAAAGGUUGAAGCACCUUUGGAAGAAGCCAUUAAGUUUUUAACUCCAUUAAAGAAUUUGGUGAAGAACAAAAUAGAAACUCAUCUUUUUGCCUUUGAAAUUUACUUCAGGAAAGAAAAAUUUCUACUUAUGCUGCAGUCUGUGAAGAGAGCAUUUGCUAUUGACCCCAGUCAUCCAUGGCUUCACGAGUGUAUGAUUCACCUCUUCAGCAGUGUUUCUGAAAGCAAAGAUCUACCAGAAACAGUCAGAACAGUGUUGAAUCAAGAAAUGAAUCGGCUUUUUGGAGCAACUAAUCCAAAGAACUUCAAUGAAACUUUCCUUAAACAGAACUAUGAUUCACUACCACACAGGUUAUCUGCUGCCAAAAUGGUGUACUAUUUGGAUCCUGCUAGCCAGAAAAGAGCUGUGGAGUUGGCAACCUGGCUUGAUGAAUCCCUUAUGAACAGAAAUCUUCAAACUUGUAUGGAGGUAUUGGAAGCAUUGAAUGAUGGUAGCCUUGGAGACUGUAAAGAAGCAGCUGAAGCUUACAGAGCAAAUUGUCAUAAGCUUUUCCCUUAUGCUUUGGCUUUUAUGCCCCCUGGAUAUGAAGAGGAUAUGAAGAUCACAGUUAAUGGAGAUAUAUCUGCAGAAACCGAAGAACUGGCCAAUGAAAUAUGAACUUUUAAAAGAGUGGAAUAAUUUUGGACCGUAUCUGGUGUAUAAUAUUUUUGUCACGCACCUGCUGAAUUGUUCUACCGUACACAGAGAAUGGAGAAGUAAAAAUGGUUGCCUUCAAAGUUUUACUUUUUUUAUCCUGCUGACGAAGUAUAUAAUAUAAAGUAACGUAUUACUGGAUAUAGGUGGCUCAGUUAAAGAAAAAAAAAAACUAAGCACUGCUAAAAUUGAGAAGUAUCCCUUAUCUACGUGCCCCGUUUUUAAACUAAUUUAUAUGGAAUCUGAAGGCUUAACACCCCCAUGGGAGCAGGUGUGUGGCAGAAAUAUUACUUUAAAUUUGUCUUGUUGAGAUGACUAUCUCGGACAGCAAAACUGCUGUUUUAGCACUGGAUCCUUUCACUGAGCACAAAGAGUUGUUGGGGCUUUAGCAUCUGACUGAUUUUGAUACUGAGAUGAUACUACCCUUUGGAAGUAUGCGAUGUGAAUCACUAUUUGCAGACCAACCUGCAACAUGCAUAGUGUUGUAGAGACUGGGACAUAAAAUAUGAAGCAAAAUAAUGAAACAUAAGGUGUUCAAUAAGCUUGUUGUGUCUCCGAAAUUCACUGCACGUGAUCAGUUUGGUGUUCUUGCACCACAGUUUUUAAAUGAAGGAACUGGUUAGAACAUUCUUUGUUUUAAUUAACACUUUGAAAAGAAAUCAACUGCUUAUUUAGGAG